UUUAUUGAAAAUAUGGAGUUUUCUGACAUUGGAGCUCACUGUAAUUAUACUUUGUGCAAACAGAAAGAUUUCCUGCCAUUUACUUGUGAUGCAUGCCUCCAAAUCUUCUGUAAGGACCACAGGACUUAUAAAUCCCACGAGUGUGAUAAACCGUCUGGCUAUGAUAGCGUUCAGUUAAUCAUCUGACCGCUCUGUGGGCUGAAAAUCAAAAUCAUGGAGACAGAUGACGCAGAUGAAAUCUUUCGCCAGCAUGAGUCUGAAGGAUGUGAUCCUUCUAAAAUGAAGAAAGAGAAGAAAUUUAAAUGUAUUAAAUGAAAUAAAGGGUUGUCGGAUAUCAAGAAGCUGACUUGUAAAAUAUGUCAUGGAGCUGUAUGAGUCAAACAUCGAAUGCAAUCGGAUCAUAAUUGUAGAGGAAGACCUUUGAGUAAAUUAGUCACAGGUGGCUUACCAAGAGCAACCCCGAUUCAAAGCUCAAUAAGAAGUGAAGAAGUUAAGCAAGUCCCUACUCCUAUCUCAUCUCACCCACCCGUAGCAUCUCAUAUUCCUACAUCUUCUGCACCGAUAUCGCAGCCUACAAGUAGUUCUGUAGAAAAGUGCCCUGUUUGAGAUAUAACUUUUGCAAAUAUUACUGAUUUGAUUGCUCAUACAGAAUCUCAUUUCUCAGCUCCUACACCACCUCCACCUGCUGCUGUUGCUGAUACUGAACAAUGUCCAAUUUGCAAUAAGUACUUUGCUAUUUCCGAGCUAGUGAGACAUUGUGAGCAAGACCAUAUUCUUUAA